CUUAGGAGGCACGGUUACCAAGUUGCACAUGGAUGCAGAGAUGUUUUGGAGCAAGAGAGAAGGGUUUGAUAGCAAAAAAAGUUUACUUGAUUUGACAAUGAUGACCCGUCCCCUUUAGAUAUGGACAAGUGUGGCGGUAAAUGAUCAGAGUGUACAGGAUGGCAUCAGAUCCUGUUUCUUCAGAGAUGAGGCCAUUACCAAAUGGCUGGAUUAUGAAGGAGUCUUCAUCAAGACCUGGGAGAAAGUACUUCUUUCAUAAAAUGUCUGGCAUGACCUCAUGGAAACACCCACUCGAUUUGUCGCACAAGGUAACAUUUGACAAGCAUGCUUUGAGAAGAAAACCACCAAAGAGGGAGAGAAACAUUGAGUCUAGUUCCAUGACCUCUAGUAUCAUUGAGGAUCUUGCUAAACGCAGAAAAUCAAGUCCUAUAACAUCACCAGAACUGAAAAGUCCUUCUCAAGGCAGCCAUACCAGUAAACACUCUCAAAGGUCUUCUACUAAACAACCUUCACAUAUUUCACCUGGUAAAGCCCCAAAACGAAUUACAUCUCGUGUGUUGAAAACACACACCAUUAGAACAGCAAAAGAAAAACCACCAGGAGUAAAGAAACCUUGUGUUACAUCACAGAUACCUGCAGAGAUCUCUUGUAGUAAAACCAGGGCCUGUCAUAUUGCUAACUGGUUGUCUAGUGUUGAUAACUCCUUUGAACCAAAUGAUGCUGGGAGUAACAUAAGUGGGGGACCAGACCAUAAAAAGAGAGAAAAAAGUUCUGUCAAAAAGGUUCCAGAGGCUGCAGAAAAACAACCAAUAUUUUCUGGGAGAAUAAAUCACCAAAAGAAAGAUGAAAGACAAUCUGUACAAUCCCCAAAUGAUACUGUUUUGCAGAAGAACUUGCAAAGUAACAGUGCACAUAAAGGUCGCAUCAGGACUUUUUCAGCUGGAAGUAGAGAGACUGAUACCUCUUCUAAAGGUCAUGUUAGGACAUUCUCAUCCGGAAGUAGAGCGAACUCUAUAUCACCCACUUCUCUGCCGAUAGGAUUCACACCCUUUGGACAGUUAACCCAGAAAGCUCCAACUUCUAGUGGACAUAAGUCUAAGGCUCACAUAACCAGUAACCAUGGCAGCCAUAAUCAAGGCCCUACUAUUAAUGGGACCACAUCUCCCAAUACAAAGAUACAAGCUGCACAGGUACCUAAUAACCAUGGUAACCAUAGCCGUGAAAUUAAUAGUCAGGAAUAUUGUACUCAUGGUAACCAGAAUAACCAGGGCAACCAAGUUAUUGAUACUCAAAGCCUUAGUGAUACAAAAGAUGUGUCACAAAACCAAGGGAAGCUUGAGUACGUUGCUAAGAGGAGUGUACCGAUGAAUGUCGACGUUGUGGUGUCUUCUCCAAGUAAACCACUCAAAUCUGAGUUGCAUGCUCCCAUGGAGAGCACACCCAUUACUGGUGCUGGCCAGUUUCAGAUACCUACUUGCCUUUCGGGUCAGCUUACUGGCAUGCACAGUACACCUCAAGUUGAUGUGGUCAGCGGAGGAAGUAUGUCAAGUGGCAACUUUUUCUAUAGUCCCCUGAGGGUCAACGAGCAAGUUGGGCAGCACGACAGUGGAUAUGAUGACACUAUUGACAUGGAGGUGGAUAACUGUGAAGAGCUGCAGGAGUCGAUAAUGAGAGAGCUCCAAGAAGUGCGUCAUUCAUUUGUUGUCAACCAUGAGCAGAUUGCUUCAGACAGUUCUAAGACAAAGCCAGAGCAUUGCUAUAGUGAUGUACUGUAUAUUAUACUGGACACAAACAUUCUCUUGUCCCACUUAAAGUUUAUCACAGAACUUAAGGAUUUCCCGAUUGAAGGUGUUGGUCGCCCUGUGUUGAUUGUACCAUGGAUUGUUAUGCAGGAACUGGACUCGUUGAAGAGUGAUUCAUGGAAAUUCAGGAAAGGAAAAAUAAUCAAUGCUGAAAACAAGGAGAGCCAAAGAGGAGUUGAUGCUCAGGCAAGGCAAGCUGUAAGGUUUCUUCAUUCUUGUUUUGAAGCCAAUCAUCCACGUAUUCGAGGACAGACACUAGCUGAGUCCUUGGAGCAUGUAAGUGAUCUCCCUGAGGAAAGUAAUGAUGACAGAAUCCUGCACUGUUGUCUCAUGUUCCAGAUGAAAGCCUCCAAUGGUAAUGCUGUCCUGUUCUCGAAUGACCAGAACCUCUGUAGUAAGGCGAUGAUCAAUGGUGUCAGAGCUUUCCGCUCACAUAACCUUAUUGAUGGCUUGCGUGACAUGUUCAAGAACAAAGAGAUUGUUGUCAGGGCUGAUUAUUUUUCAGAUUAUUAUGAUGAGCUAAAAGCACAAGAGGUGCUUGCUGAACGUCGAGCCAAGGCUGAUGAUAUUGUCUGUGAGCUUCAAUGCAUCAUGAGAGAGGGACUUGCUGUCAUCGUUGAGACUGAGAUGAGAGCGGCUUACGAACACUUGUGGGAGGCCAUAGUAUGUAUCAAGCCACCAUGGACUCUACAGGACCUUCUUCACAUUAUAGACAAGCACUGGAUUGCUGUGUUUGGAGAUGUCAUCAAAAGAAGCAUGCAUCCUACUGUCAAGGAUCUCAAGAAACUCUUUGACCCUCAUAAAGGUGUCCCAGGCUGUAUUGCCAAUGCUUCCAAGCUGCUUCUGACAAGUCAGUCCCUCAUGGGCGCCUUUGCCCAGAGAUCCAGCUACAAUGGAGCUGUAACAAAGUGUGUAGCCGCCAUCCAUGUACUGAAGAAGAAGUGUGAAGACUCCAAAGAACCAUCCCCACCUCCCAACCCAGUCACCUCACAAGCUGCCAUUCAGGCCAAGCCUAUCUACCAUGCCCUUCCGCCUGCCAUGCCCCAGUCACAGACUGAGACUAGCAGUGUGAUUCUGGGUGAAGGGUCUACGCCUAGCUCAGAUGAGACUGCCAGCAUCGCAUCUGGAAGUAUUCAUGGCGAGAUCAACACUGUCUCUAUACGGAAGCCUUAUGAGGAUGUGCUGUCUGCUUUUGACGUCAUUUGGAACGCUGUCAAUCAAUUCAGUGCACAGAUCUUCAAUGCGCUUUCUUACCCCCACAACAUACCACUGAGCCUAGAAAACCUCCCAAAGCCAACCAAGGAAGAGGCGAUCACCUUUCUCAACAGACUUGCACCUUGUCUGAGCUCCCUGGUCUCAGCUCUGCAACUGGUGUUGCAGUUACCGAUUGAGCAGCUCUCAUCAUCCCCUCAGCCAUUUUUGAGCCUACAGUCAGCAAUCAGCCGCUUUCACCAGGAGAUCCUCAACCUUGGUUGCCCUGUCACGUCACAGGCUCUUUGUGUUUUCUGCCAGGACCCAAACUCGAGGUCGGCACUUAUCCAGGGUUUGUCGCAACUCGAUCGCGCUCUCGCAAUGUUGCAGCACUGCUGGGUGUGUGUACGACAAGCGUGACGGCAUCUGAAGGGAUUUCGUGACAAAAAGCGUAACGACAUGAUCGCGCUCUCGCCAUGAUGUAGCACUGUUGGACCAGUGUACGACAAGCGUGACGGCAUCUGAAGGGAUUUCGUGACAAAAAGCGUAACGACAUGAUCGUGCUCUCGCCAUGAUGUAGCACUGUUGGACCAGUGUACGACAAGCGUGACGGCAUCUGAAGGGAUUUCGUGACAAAAAGCGUAACGACAUGAUCGCGCUCUCGCCAUGAUGUAGCACUGUUGGACCAGUGUAGCACAAGCGUGACGGCAUCUGAAGGGAUUUCGUGACAAAAAGCGUAACGACAUGAUCGCGCUCUAGCAAUGUUGCAGCACUGCUGGGUGUGUGUACGACAAGCGUGACGGCAUCUGAAGGGAUUUCGUGACAAAAAGCGUAACGACAUGAUCGCGCUCUCGCCAUGAUGUAGCACUGUUGGACCAGUGUACGACAAGCGUGACGGCCUCUGAAGGGAUUUUGUGACAAAAAGCAUAACGACAUGAUCGCGCUCUCGCCAUGAUGUAGCACUGUUGGACCAGUGUACGACAAGCGUGACGGCCUCUGAAGGGAUUUCGUGACAAAAAGCGUAACGACAUGAUCGCGCUCUCGCCAUGAUGUAGCACUGUUGGAUCAGUGUGAGACAAGCGUGACGGCUUCUGAAGGGAUUUCGUGACAAAAAGCGUAACGACAUGAUCGCGCUCUCGCCAUGAUGUAGCACUGUUGGACCAGUGUAGCACAAGCGUGACGGCAUCUGAAGGGAUUUCGUGACAAAAAGCGUAACGACAUGAUCGCGCUCUAGCAAUGUUGCAGCACUGCUGGGUGUGUGUACGACAAGCGUGACGGCAUCUGAAGGGAUUUCGUGACAAAAAGCGUAACGACAUGAUCGCGCUCUCGCCAUGAUGUAGCACUGUUGGACCAGUGUACGACAAGCGUGACGGCCUCUGAAGGGAUUUUGUGACAAAAAGCAUAACGACAUGAUCGCGCUCUCGCCAUGAUGUAGCACUGUUGGACCAGUGUACGACAAGCGUGACGGCCUCUGAAGGGAUUUCGUGACAAAAAGCGUAACGACAUGAUCGCGCUCUCGCCAUGAUGUAGCACUGUUGGAUCAGUGUGAGACAAGCGUGACGGCUUCUGAAGGGAUUUCGUGACAAAAAGCGUAACGACAUGAUCGUGCUCUCGCCAUGAUGUAGCACUGUUGGACCAGUGUACGACAAGCGUGACGGCAUCUGAAGGGAUCUUUUUGAUAAAAACGUAACGACAUGAUCGCGCUCUCGCCAUGAUGUAGCACUGUUGGACCAGUGUACGACAAGCGUGACGGCAUCUUAAGGGAUUUUGUGACAAAAAGCGUAACGACAUGAUCGCGCUCUCGCCAUGAUGUAGCACUGUUGGACCAGUGUACGACAAGCGUGACGGCAUCUGAAGGGAUUUCGUGACAAAAAGCGUAACGACAUGAUCGCGCUCUCGCCAUGAUGUAGCACUGUUGGACCAGUGUACGACAAGCGUGACGGCAUCUUAAGGGAUUUUGUGACAAAAAGCGUAACGACAUGAUCGCGCUCUCGCCAUGAUGUAGCACUGUUGGACCAGUGUAGGACAAGCGUGACGGCAUCUUAAGGGAUUUUGUGACAAAAAGCGUAACGACAUGAUCGCGCUCUCGCCAUGAUGUAGCACUGUUGGACCAGUGUACGACAAGCGUGACGGCCUCUGAAGGGAUUUCGUGACAAAAAGCGUAACGACAUGAUCGCGCUCUCGCCAUGAUGUAGCACUGUUGGACCAGUGUACGACAAGCGUGACGGCAUCUUAAGGGAUUUUGUGACUAAAAGCGUAACGACAUGAUCGCGCUCUCGCCAUGAUGUAGCACUGUUGGACCAGUGUACGACAAGCGUGACGGCCUCUGAAGGGAUUUCGUGACAAAAAGCGUAACGACAUGAUCGCGCUCUCGCCAUGAUGUAGCACUGUUGGACCAGUGUACGACAAGCGUGACGGCAUCCGAAGGGUAUUUGUGACUAAAUGCGGGACCAUACGAUCACAACACUUUCGCCAUGUUGCACCAUUGUUGGACAAGCGUGACGGCAUCUAAAUUUAUUUUGUUACAAAAAGCGUUACAAUACGAUCACACUAGCCAUUUUUCAGCACUGCUUGACAUGUGUAGGACAAGCGUGACAUCGUCUUAUUGGACAGAAACAAAUCGAUCACGCUGUCGCCAUGUUGCAGUGAAGGGCAAGUGUCACGGCCUCUAAAGGGAUUUCGUGACAAAAAGCGUGACAAAUCGAUCUCGCUCACGCCUUGUUGCUGCACGUUUGGACCAGUGUAGGGCAAGUGUGACUGCCUCUAAAGGGAUUUCGUGACAAAAAGCGUGACAAAUCGAUCUCGCUCACGCCUUGUUGCUGCACGUUUGGACCAGUGUAGGGCAAGUGUGACUGCCUCUAAAGGGAUUUAGUGACUAAAAGCGUGACAAAUUAAUUGCGCUCACGCCUCGUUGCAGCACCGUUGGACAUGUGUAGGGCGAGCGUGAUGGCAUCUGAAGGAUCGUGUGGCAAAUUUCAUGACAGGAAACGCGUGAUAACACGAUCACGCUCACGCUUUAUUGCAGCUCUGAAGGAUGUGUGUGUAGGGGUGAUGACAUGUGCAGGGAUUUGGUGCAGAUAGGCACAGAAAAAUCUUGACCACAAGACAUAUGCAUCGAUGCUGACCAUACAAGGUUUAUAAAUACGACUGAUAAACAAAACAAAGUCUUAAUUGGUGAAUGAUUAUCGAGACUUUUUUCCAGGGGAAGUCAGAGUCGUGUCAUUGCUUCAAAGGGCCUGUCGUACUUUACAUUGCACAGGUCUAUUGCAUUGAGCUCUCACCCAACCUGUAAAUAGUUGAUAGCUGAUUUUCACAAAAUACCUACCGUCAGGUCAAAGAAAGGAGAAUUAAAAGAUAAUAUAUUUUUUGCAAAUAUAUUUGUUGAAAAGUUUAUAAUCGUUAGAAGUUACAUUAUAACAGACUUUAUGAAAAGUAUUAUAUCUACAGCUGUUCUAGUUGUACACAAUAAAAAAAACUAUGAAAUUUA